AUGAGGCCAAAAACAGAGUACAAACGAAGAAACAAAACUGGUUCCUCCCCAACCAGUACCCGACCCACGAGCCCAAUCGGAUCAGAUCCAACCAGUUCACGCACUUCACCUUCCUCAGCCGCACUUCUUGACCGCGGGCUUGUGACCGAAGAGCUCGCAAUAUUCGAGAGCCUCCGAAUCUCACCGGAACCGAACGUGAAUCCGAGAAGCUUCCCGUACAGUGUGAAGCAGCAAUGCUGGGAAAAAGCACAGAAAAUCAAGGGUCGUGACCCGGAUCGAUGGCGUCGGGACCCGUUGGGGAACACUGUGUUUAGGAAGCUUGUGGGCUGCCCCGGUUGCCUUUGUCAUGAUUAUGACCACAUCAUUCCUUACUCUAAGGGAGGAAAAAGCACAUUGGAAAAUUGUCAGGUUUUACAGGCAACUGUGAAUCGUUCCAAGGGGAAUCGGACUGAGUUAUCAAAAGCCGAUCUUAUUCAGAAGAGCGCUUACUGCCGGGUUUCAGAUCGUGAUAUGGACCUUCUUGAAUUGUCGGCCUAUGGCAAUGUUCGUCGUGGACAAGAUUCUGGCGGAUGCAACAUUCAAUGA